CACCGGCUACGAUGAAGGAAGUGUCACGUUGCUCCACACGGGGGAAGGAGACGCGGACUUUUCUAGGUUUUGCGCGAAUUUAAAGUGCGCAAAGCGACAACAUAUGGUUUCCGUAAGUCAUAUGUAACACCGAGAAUGCAAACAUGGACAAUUGCGUCGGCUGAAGCGUAGCAGUGGCCGGUUCGUUGACCAGAAAGUAACGGUCGUCCUGAUCUGGACCAGUCAAGCGCCGCGGUCCGAAGGAAAAAAAAAAUACAACAACACUUCAGCGGAGCGUCGAUUCAGCGACGAAUUCGAAGUGAUUUUACUUUUUGUUUACUUUUGGUUAACCCAUUGAGGCAUUUUUUUUAAACCUAGCUAGCUAGUUUUAAGAAGAGAAAUGGACCGCGGUGGCUGCCAGAUGAGUGGCGGCGGCGGUAGCGGCGGAGGAGGAGGAGGAGACGGCAGCGGCCCCGACCGACAUGGGAUGAUCACACUGGAGGACCUGGAGUCUUUCUCCGAGGACCAGCUGUCAGACUCCGGUAACGGCAGUCUGGAAGAAGAAGGAGAGACCAUGGAGGAAGACCAAGAUCAAGACCGACUGCUUCAUUACUGGCAGGAUGUGGCCAGGGGACACCAAGUGGAAGUUUCCCAAGAUCUAGCAGAACCCAUUCAACAGUUGACCAGCAACAACCAAGGACGCAGUUCCAGAGAGCACGUACCUUUUACCCUCCUUGCACACAAAGAGAAGUGUGGGGAGGUGCUAUUUGAGAAACGCCAUUAUGAAAAGGGUCACUGGGCUUGUAUAACAAUGCGUGAGGACACUUAUGAACAGAGCAUCUGCUACGGCUUUAUGAGGAUAAUGAGAUACAUCUGCCAGCAGAACUCCUUAGAUGACUACCUGGGCAUGACGCUGCCCAUCGUGACAGUGGUGCGCACAGAUGAGAACCAUUCUGUGAUUUCCCAUGAUGUCACGGUGGCGUACUACCUGCCAGCUGAACAUCAGGCCCAGCCCCCACAACCUCAUGACAGUGACAUCAUUGUAGAGGUCUGGCCUGCCAGUGUCGUAUACACCAGGGCCUUUACUGGUCCCACCAAUGAAGUGACCAUCAUUGAUCAGAUCAAUGCCAUGGCUGAGCUGCUAGACUCUCCAGGUGUGUGUGUCAACGACUCGUUCAUCGUGGCCGGCUACACCAACCCCGCUCACAGCCACCGUCAGAAUGAGAUCUGGUUCCUAGAGCGACGCUGAUGGACAGCAGCAUCUCGCAGCAUCCUAGCUUUGACCUUUGAGCCUCAUAAAGACUCCCUUAACACUGCCUCUGCUCAGCUACAACCUCAGGUGUAACAUCAUCUUCUGUCACCACCAAUAUCUGAAAUGACCACCAGCCUAGCACACUCCACAGCCACUGGGUUUUGAUUUAUAAAAAACAGGAAAAAAAAAGAGCUCAGCUGAUACUUUAACCUCAGUAAAUUCUCAUCUAUGUUCAUUUGAAUUAAACCCUCAUUUCACCCGCAAGAACUGCACUUAACCACUGCCAUACUCUCAUAAACACAACCCAGAUACUAAGGUGAAGCAUAGCAUUCAUCUCCUGCUUUGAGAUGGCUUAAAGCCUGUCCUAAGCACAGUGCCCUCUAGUUGAAAGUUGAAAUAUUUGAACUCUUAACGCUCUGUGAACAUGGUGACCACUGAGUGGUUCAAAAACAUGCAAACAGCCUGUCAAUCCACAGAAGAAACAGGCUGCCAGUGGACUUACAGCCUUAUUAUGUUCCCUUUCUGUUUAUUGCACAGCCACAAUGUCUUGUCAUGUGGAGUCAUUCUCUAGCUUGUUGAGGUGAUGUCAGCUCUGUCACUUUUGAGCCGCUGUUUCUUUAUCUCUAGAUUACAUCAUUCACUACAGGUUACACAUCUUUCUGAUGUGCAUAUUUUAUUUCAACAAUAAGUGCAAUAUUUAUUAGAUAACCAAUAAUCAACAAGCCAGUUCCUGGGCCACUGACCUAACCCAAUCUAAGGGGGUCUUCAGUAGCUGGUAUUGUAGAAUAGGAAGGAGCUGUGCAGCAUGUAUCACAGCCCGACAGACAACCAGACCAGAACUAGUGGCUUCAACUAUAAAUAAGCGCAACACAAUAGGUGACACUAAAUUAGGAAACAAACGUGUUUGUACAUGAAUGUAAAGUAAAAGUAUAAACAAAUGCCACACUUCUACAAACCAAAUGCUAAAACCCACUGGUUUUAGCGCUGAAUGACAAUCUUACUUACAGAUUAUAUACAUUAUAUACAAGGUAAUGCAUUCCUCAUAUUUUAAGCUUCACACACAACAGUAGUUACCGAUGUACCUCUUUCUCAUGCUCUUUCUAUUGCAAAUACUACUCCUGCUGAGUAGAGAGAAUGCAAGUUUAAAAAAAAUGCACAGAGAAUAUCUCUACUGUAAUUAUACUCUUUAAAAAUAGGGAAAAAAGCUACAUUCUGUUUUAGUUAAAACUGUUUUUCAUGUUUUGUCACCGAUUAAGAAGAGUAUGUAAAGUCAGAAGUGUUUAUCUUCACUAUAUUUUAAAAUCAAACAAACCAAUGCAAUGCAACAGAGACAAAGUGAUAUUGCCAGCUACACCUAGAGUUCACAGUAAUGUAGGGAUAUUUCUGCUUAGGAAAUGUGCAUUCACUGCUUGGGUGCCAGUGAAAUAAAAGUAGAAGUGAACUAGCCAAAUCAUCACUGUGUAAGGAUUUUUUUACAAGUACAGCAGGAUCUAUGAAAUGCAAAAACGGACACUUGCUGAAGCCUAUUUACUCUGUGAAAAAGGAAAGUUAAGCCAAAACUGGGAGAAAUUUGGCUUCACUCAGAAAAAGUCAACAAAGAAAUGGACAGUUAAGAAAGUUUAGUAUUGGGUUGGGAAGGUUGCCCAGUCUUAAUGUUAAACAGUUCGGUUGAUAUCAGGACAUCCAAAUCCAAAGAAUCUAUUUUGCAUUAAAUGAUUGUAGCGUCGAUAUGAUACUCUAUGACAACUAUAGUGUGGAAACACGUGCAAAGCGAUGAUACAUGUAGAUUGGUUUUCCCUUUACAAGCCUGGUUAUAUGGGAACAUCAAGUUUGUGGAAUUAAUUUGUUUUUCUUUCUUUUUGCUUAUUUUUUUUUAGUGUUUUGCAAAAGUGUGAUGUACUGUGAAAAUUCAAGUGCAACGACAAGAGCUAUUGUGGAUUUCUUUGUUCAAUAAAAAUGUGCUUGUCUCCUGUC